CAACUAUCACAUUGACAGAUCGAUCAAAAUAAAAAUAAUUAUUUUGUUUAUCAACAUCAAUAUAGAAUACCCGAUUGAUAUUAUAUCUUUUUGCCGUAAACACCUAAAAUCCAUGUAAAGUUUCUAAUAGAGCUUCUGAACUAUAUUGUGUAAAUUCAAUAAAUGCAACAACCCAAUUAAAUCGGACUGACUUGUUAAAAAAAAAUGGACCAUCUGGCCGAAGAUCUGACCGUAGCCCUAGAAGAAUCGGAGUCUUGCGGCCCCACCACAUCGAAACAUCCGGGCAGAUGGGGUAUGAGACGCCGCACCCGAUCGGCAGGCAAUUUACACCAAUUCUACUUGCACAAAUCGGCAGAUAAUAACUCUGAGGAGAGCUCCAGUAGCCCCUCAGAACUAAAGUCGGACAAACACAGGUCCAAACUGGCCAGUUUUCAUCAGUCUGACUCAGACGAUGUGAGUUUGAGUGCCGCAGUGGCCAGGGCACUAGACCACAAGAACUCACUCAGGAUGAAGAGUUCCAUACAUGGACUUUUAAGAGGAGUUAGUCACAGUUUAGAAUCAGACUCGGUAAAUGAACAUUCGCCGGCGAGUAGACCGAGUAUGCGGCGCAAAAGAAAACUGAAAAGAAUUAGUAUUGAUGAAACCCCCAUUCCGCCCACCGGUAAAAGGAAACGGUCACAACGGAUGGACCUAGGGGGUGAUACAAGCCGAGGAUAUAGGAGCAUAAGGAUUAAACCUUUACAUCAGAGUGUGGUGGAUAAAAUCGAGAAGUUUUGUCAGCCAAAUGCUACAGAUGAGGAUAAUAUGGAUACUCAAGAUGAUAAUUGUGAAAUCGCUAGUGAGAGUAGCAUAAGUUGGAGUGGCGGCGAGGGCCACGAAGGGGAUGACGAGUUAACCGAUUGGGCCCCGUCUAUGGAUAGUAAUACAGUGGAUCAGGGGCCAUGGAGUGAGGAUGCCAGGGAAAUUAGAGCAGGUUGUCGACGGGUGCUGGACGAGCGUCCCGGUUUCAGUAUUUCAACGGGAGCGAACGAACGAGUGGCGAAAUUCCUACAGGACUCCACCAAGUGCGAGUUAAGGCUGUUUGGGGUAGAAAAAGAGAAACUGGGCCAGUUGGCGGCCCUGUACUCGUUGGAUUUGUGGUUCGAGGCGGCCGGUACCACUUUGUUAAGGAAAACCAGUAAAACCCCUUACAUGCAACCGUCCGCACAGCGACAUCAUUCCGGACAUAGUUCCCACUACAAACGGAUUAGGACCCAUAAAACCGGAGGGAUUCCCUGAAAACGAAUGAACGAUUCUGCUUAAGAAUCAACGGGAUAAGAACAAUGGACGGUUCAGUGAGGGGUUUUUUAAUUUGUUUGUGUUUUAGUAUGUGCUUUGAGUGGGUGUCUUAAAUUGUUAAUUAUAAAACAAAAAGUUGUAGAAAUGUAAAAUUAAACGCUGUAAAUACAUUUUAAAGAGUAAGUAGUAGUAAAUAUUUUGUAAAUACAUUUUAAAGAGUAAGUAAGUAGAUUGUAAAGUGAAUAAAUUUUAGCAAUGUUUGAAUAACUCAAA